ACUACAGCAGGGCUUUAUAGGGCGAGGAACUGGGCUGGGGUGUGAGAACUGAGUCGGGGGUGCAGGUGUCCUGACCGCAUCCUGGAGAUGUUUUUGCCAGCUUUGUUAUGCAAGGUGGGCAGGUGUUCUGACCGCAUCCUGGAACUGUCUGCCGGUUCAGCUGAAGUCUUUUGAACAAACAGUUACUGGAAGGGUCAGUGGGGAGAAGGUCUACUUCUAGCCCGGGGGGAGUUGUGUGGCGGUCACAAAGGACUGUAUUGUAAGACUGAUGGGGGAAGGAGGGGAACAGUCUGGUUGGGUUGACCCUAACAGGAGCAAGUUCUGCUUCCGUGCAAGUCCAGGUCCAAGGUCCCAGAGAAAGUCCCGCCCUGCGAGGGGCUGUGGGUAGCACCUGUCAGUCACACCCCACACAGCGGGCGGAUUAUCUGAGGAUUCCGAUCACCUCUCCUGUCGCUCAAGCCCCAGGGGCGGGACCUGGGGCGCCAGCCAGUCAGAGGCGCUGUGCGGCAAACUGUCCAAUCAGGUGCGCCGGGAGGAGGGGCAACUUCCAAAGCCCGAAGCGGUCUCAUUUCCCGCCGGCUCCCAUUCGGGUCCGGGUUUUAGUUCCUCGGGGAGCCCCUGGUGCCCCGGAUACGGCAGAUUCUGUCGUGUGGGACCUGUUCUGGCUGCUCCAGCCCCAGGGAGGACCGAGGACACCCGGAAGCCGGAAAUGGCUGGAGUGUAAUGGCAUGAUCUCGGCUCACUGCAACCUCUGCCUCCCAGGUUCAUGCGAUUCUCCUGCCUCUGCCUCCCAAGUAGCUGGGAUUACCGGCAUCCACCACCACGCCCAGGACUCAGUGGCCUUUGAGGAUGUGGCUGUGAACUUCACCCAGGAGGAGUGGGCUUUGCUGAGUCCUUCCCAGAAGAAUCUCUACAGAGAUGUGACGCUGGAAACCUUCAGGAACCUGGCCUCUGUCGGAAUCCAAUGGAAAGACCAGGACAUUGAGAAUCUGUACCAAAAUCUGGGGAUUAAGCUAAGAAGUCUGGUGGAGAGACUCUGUGGACGUAAAGAAGGGAGUGAACACAGAGAAACUUUCAGCCAGAUUCCUGAUUGUCACCUGAACAAGAAAAGUCAUACUGGAGUGAAACCAUGCAAAUGCAGCGUGUGUGGGAAAGUCUUCCUCCGUCAUUCAUUCCUGGACAGGCACAUGAGAGCUCAUGCUGGACACAAACGAUCUGAGUGUGGUGGGGAAUGGAGAGAGAAGCCCCGUAAACAGAAACAGCAUGGGAAAACCUCCAUUUCCCCCAGUAGUGGUGCACGGCACACAGUAACACCAACUCGAAAGAGACCUUAUGAAUGCAAGGUGUGCGGGAAAGCCUUUAAUUCUCCCAAUUUAUUUCAAAUCCAUCAAAGAACUCACACUGGAAAGAGGUCCUAUAAAUGUAGGGAAAUAGUGAGAGCCUUCACGGUUUCCAGUUUCUUUCGAAAACAUGGAAAAAUGCAUACUGGAGAAAAACGCUAUGAAUGUAAAUACUGUGGAAAACCUAUCGAUUAUCCCAGUUUAUUUCAAAUUCAUGUUAGAACUCACACUGGAGAAAAACCUUACAAAUGUAAACAAUGUGGUAAAGCCUUCAUUUCCGCAGGUUACCUUCGGACACAUGAAAUCAGAUCUCACGCGCUGGAGAAAUCCCACCAAUGUCAGGAAUGUGGGAAAAAACUCAGUUGUUCCAGUUCCCUUCACAGACAUGAAAGAACUCAUAGUGGAGGAAAACUCUACGAAUGUCAAAAAUGUGCCAAAGUCUUUAGAUGUCCCACGUCCCUUCAAGCACAUGAAAGAGCUCACACUGGAGAAAGACCUUAUGAAUGUAAUAAAUGUGGUAAAACCUUCAAUUAUCCCAGUUGUUUUCGAAGACAUAAAAAAACUCAUAGUGGAGAAAAGCCAUAUGAAUGUACAAGGUGUGGUAAAGCCUUUGGGUUGUGCAGUUCCCUCCGAAGACAUGAAAUGACUCACACUGGAGAAAAACCCUUUGAUUGUAAACAGUGUGGUAAAGUCUUUACUUUUUCAAAUUACCUUAGACUUCAUGAAAGAACUCAUUUGGCCGGGCGUAGCCAGUGCUUUGGCAGGAGGCAUGGGGAUCACCUGAGCCCAGGAGUUUGAGACCAGCCUGGGCAACAUAAGAAGGCCCCAUAUCGGCUGGGUACGGUGGCUCACACUUGUAAUCCCAGCACUUUGGGAGGCUGAGGCGGGUGGAUCACCUGAGGUCAGGAGUUCAAGACCAGCCUGGCCAACAUGGUGAAACCCCGUCUCUACUAAAAAUACAAAAAAAUUAACUGGGCAUGGUGGUGGGCACCUGUAAUCCCAGCUACUCUGGAGGCCGAGGCAGGAGAAUCGCUUGAACCUGGGAGGUGGAGGUUGCAGUGAGCUGAGAUCACGCCAUUGCACUCCAGCCUGGGCGACAAAAGUGAGACUCCAUCAUAAAAAAAAAAAAAAAAAAGCCCCAUAUCGCGUGGUGGCUCAUGCCUAUAAAACCAGCACUUUGGGAAGCCGAGGUGGGUGGAUCACGAGGUCCAGAGAUGGAGACUAUCUUGGCCAACAUGGUGAAACCCCGUCUCUACUAAAAAUACAAAAAUUAGCCAGGGGUGGUGGCGUGUGCCUGUAGUCCCAGCUACUCGGGAGGCUGAGGCAGGAGAAUUGCUUGAACCAGGGACUUGGAGGUUGCAGUGAGCCGAGAUCGCGCCGCUGCACUCCAGCCUGGUGACAGCGGGACUUCGUCUCAAAACAAAAAAAAGAAGGCCCCAUAUCUCCAAAGAAAAAAAAAUUAACUGGGUGAGGUGGUGCAUCCCUGUAGUUCUAGCUGCUCAGAAAGCUGAGGCGGGAGGAACCCUUGAGCCUGGGAGGUUGAGGCUGCAGUGAGCUGAGAUCAUGCCACUACACUGCAGCCUGGAUGACGGUGACACUCUGUCUCAGAAAAAAAGGGAAAGAAAUAAUUCUCAUUUAUACAGGAGAGAAAUCCUAUGAAUGUAAGGAAUAUGGGAAUACAUUCAGUUUCCAAAGAUAUGAAAAGACUAACUGGAAAAAAAUCCAAAGACCUCAGAUAUUCCAGUUCUAUUCAGAGCCAUAAAAGGACUCAUACUGGAGAAAAAUUGUAGAAAUGUACAGAAUAUGGGGAAACUCUCAUUGCUCUCAUCUCCAUUCAAAGACGUGUCAGUGCACACUGGAGAUGGAUGGUAUGAAUCGAAGAAUACACACUGGAUGGAAACGUUAGUAGUUUGGAAAAUACAGGAAACUUCAAUUUUAACAAUAAUUAAAAUUCACAUGGGCUGUGCACAGUGGCUUUCGCCUGUAAUCCCAGGCUUUUGGGAGGCUGGGGUGGGUAGAUUGCUUGAGGCCAGGUAUUCAAGACCAGCCUGGCAACCUGGAGAAAUCCCAUGUAUACAAAAAAUACAAAAGUUAGCCAGGGAUGAUGGUGUUCGCCUGUAGUCCCAGCUACUCAGGAAGCUGAGGUGGGAGGAUUGCUUGAGUUUGGGAGGUCGAGGUUGCAGUGAGUGGAGAUUGCGCCACUGGACUCCAGCCUGGGCGACAGCGAGACCCUGUCUAAAAAAUUAAUCAUGUGAGAACAUCCACUCGAAAGAAAUCCUAUAAACGUAAGAAUUUUGAAAGCCUGAUGCAAAUUAAUUAUUAUAUAAUGCUCAAAAACUUAAUCAUGAAUGAGUUAUUACACAAAGUUAUAAAUAUAUAGCAUUUAUCAGUGGCUCAUUCUUUUUUCUUUCUUUUUUUUUUUUUUUUGAGAUGGAGUUUUGCUCUGUCGCCCAGGCUGGAGUGCAGUGGCACAAUCUCGGCUCACUGCAACCUCCGCCUCCUGGGUGCGAGCAAUUUUCCUGCCUCAGCCUCCUGAGUAACUGGGAUUAUAAGCACAUGCCACCACGCCUGGCUAAUUUUUUUGUAUUUUUAGUAGAGACGGGGCUUCACCAUGUUGUUCAGGCUGGUCUCAGACUCCUGACCUUGUGAUCCGCCCUCCUUGGCCUCCCAAAGUGCUGAGAUUACAGGUGUGAGCCACCGUGCCUGGCCUUUUUUUUUUUUUUUCCCGAGACACAGUCUCAUUCUGUUGCCCAGACUAGAGUGCAGUGGCGCGAUCUUGACUCACUGUAGCCUCUGACUUCUGGGUUCAAGCAAUUCUCCUGCUUCAGUCUCCGAAGCAUCUGGGAUUACAGGCGCACGCCACCAUGCCCGGCUAAAUUUUUGGUAUUUUUGUAGAAACAGGGUUUUCCCACAUUGGCCAGGCUGGUCUUGAACUCCUGACCUCAAGGAAUCCACCCUCUUCAGCCUCGCAAAGUGCUGAGAUUAUAGGCAUGAGACACCUUGCCCAGCCCCUGUGACUCAUUCUUAAAAAGGAUCUUUGGAUUAUGGGUUUCCACUUUCGCAAGGAAACAUGAGAAUUCCACAGAUACUCUUUAAGCAGUGGUACCUGAGGUUUAAUAGGAAGUGUUUUUAUCCUAAGUUAGUUAAUAAAAUUUUUUUCUAUCCAUUUUAGUUUUCAUUUUUUUUCUAUCCAUUUUAAAGUGUUGGAUCUGUGGGUGAAGUUAAAUUUAUUUCUAAUAUGUAAGCAGGUUUAAUUUUUAUGUAGUGUUUAAUUGUUCUGUGAUGAAUGGGCCAUUACAAAAUGAGUCUAUUUUUGUUUGCUUUCUUUUGUUUUUGAGACUGAGUCUUGCCCUGUCGCCAGGCUGAAGUGUAGUGGCGCGAUCUUGGCUCACUGCAACCUCCACCUCCCGGGUUCAAGUAAUCCCCCUGCCUCAGCCUCCUGAGUAGCUGGGACUACAGGCGCGUGCCGACAUGCCUGGCUAAUUUUUUGUAUUUUAGUAGAGACGGAGUUUCAUUGUACUGGCCAGGAUGGUCUUGAUUUCCUGACCUUGUGAUCCACCCCACCUUGGCCUCCCAAAGUGCUGAGAUUACAGGAGUGAGCCACUGCGCCCGGCCCAUGAGUCUUUAUUAAUAGAGAUUUGUUACUGGUAUUAUGUGGCAGAUUCUGCAUAUUCCUCACCCAUCAUAUGUAUUCCACUUUCCUUUAUUAUGGGGAAAACUACUCUUUUUGGCAUGAUACAAUGUUGACUCCAUUUUCUUUGCUAAUAAGGACUUGGUAUCAAUUUAUCAGUAUGUAAAGUUUACCAUAGAGUAUUGUCUCAUGUGAAUCAUUCCCAUUUUUUGCUCUUUACUCUUUGUCAUUAUUUCUUAGUAUUAUUUGGAUGGUUCAUUUUGACUUAAGGAUAGCCCUGUGAUAUGACAAUAUUUUUAUCUAAUCUGAUGGAGAAAGCAUUUAGUCUCCUGAUCAAGUAUGAUGUUAGCUGCAGGUUUUUAAUAAAUGCCUUAAUUCAGUUUGAAGAA